CCUAUUAAAACUACAAGUCUAAACUGUAAACAUUAUUUUUGUUUAUUGAAGGAAUAACAUUAUUUUCACAAUACUAAAUACUAUGAAAUAAGGCUCGAAUAAAUCUAAAAUCGACAUAAACAACCGCACACCACCAACUCGCAAUGGAGUUGACUCAACGGUUAGAAAGUACACAACAAACUUUUGGAAAUACUUCUGAAGUACGGUGUCCUGAUCAGAUUGGUUUCUUAGGAAUAUGUGGAACUAAGUACCCAGUUUUGAAAGGGCCGAACAAAAUAGGUAGAGAUCCCCAAACAUGUAGUAUUGUUCUAAAUUUAAAUUCCAUAUCCCGUCAACAUGCUGUGCUCAAUGUUUUAAAUAAAAAUAAUUUCAUGCUGAUGGACCUUGAUUCAGCCAAUAAGACAAAACUGCAAGAUAAAACAUUGGAUCCUUACAUUCCACAAGUGUUACAAAAUGGAGACACUGUUCAGUUUGGUCAAGUAUUUGGUAUAUUUCGAUUGCUGGAAGAAGAAACUGAUCUGCCAAUGACACAAGCUUUAGAAAUCCCUGAAACUCCUGUAAUAAAAAAGCAUUUGUCUAAAAUAAAUCACACUACUUUAAUACCAGAAUCACCAGAAGUCAGUGAUAGGGACGACUCUUUUAUUACUCCGUCACAGCCACAAACAGUUAGUAAACGCUCAAAUUAUAAUUUUACUAAGCCAUCUGGAAAACCAAUUUUAAAUCAAACUGGUGGUCUUAAUGGUACAGAUAAUGUUAAUUGGAAUUCUUCAAAGAAAUCAGAAUCAUUUCAGUUUGAUUCUGGCCUUAAAAAUGUACAAAUUGUUUCUGUUAAAUCAGAAGAUAUCACCUCCGGAUAUGAUGAAUCCCAUACACAAAUUACUGAUGAAAGUAUUGUCAAUAAUAAAAAUAAUGUGUCUAUUUAUGAUGCUAAUACGCAACUACCUUGUGAAGAUAAAAUGAACUAUUAUAAUCUUACAAAUGAAACAACGGCCAUGAAUGGUCACAAAGAUGAUCAUGAUUUAGAUACACAAAUUCCUGAUAACUGUAAUGACCCCUAUGAAUACAAUGCCUCUGUUUUUAAAGCAAACACUAAAAUACCUGAUGAUUUUUACGACAUGGAGACCCAAGUUCAUGUUGCAGACCAUUUACCAAAUGUGUGUACUAUAGAGACAUCAUUGCAUAUGGAACAUGAUAUAAACAAAGAUGUUAGUAUAUUUAAUGCAGAAACACAGCAAGUUUUUAUAGAACCAAAACAAGAAAACCAAACUGUUAAUGAAAAGUGUAAGAGCCAUGAAGCCUCUGAUGAUAUAAUCCUUUUUGAUGAAAUUAGUAGUCAGUCCCUGGAAGAUAAUAUGGAUUCACAAGCUAUUUUGCCAUCUAGUCCAAAUAUGAACUUAAAUGCUAAUAACUUAAGUAAUUUAAAUGUACUUGAUGAGAACAUUAUUAAUCCAAACAUACCAGAAAAGGUGCCAAAUGUUGAUGAUUUUGAUAAUUUGCCGACACAAAUUAUUACUACUAAAUCUACCGAAAUAAAUGAUGACCACAUAGAUGAUAUAGAUAUUUUACCAACUCAAAUAGUUGUAAUAGAAAACAAUACAACUAACGUAAAUCCCCAGGAAAUUUCUAGUAUAACAGAUGCAGACGAAGAUAUAACGGAUUGUGAAGAUAAUUUAGAUCAAAACCACGAGUCUUUAAAAGACAAAGACACUAAAUUCGAAGAUUUACAAACUCAAAUAAUAUCAGAGGAUCUCGAAAAUGGAAAACCCAAUGAUGCUUCAAACUGUAAUUUUGAAGAUAUGUUAACACAGGUGAUAGUACCAGAAGAAGAUACAACACUUAAAUGCAAAGUCUUAAAGCAAAUUAUAACUAUAAAUGAUGACUUUAAAGUACCGAAACCUUCACCACGAAAAGUUAAACGACAAAUGAACCUAACAGAAUAUUUAAAUAAACCAAAUCCCCUCAAAAAUAAACCUGGGAUUUCUGAAGACGAUGACCCGAACUAUUACGCAGCUACACAAGAUAUUAUAGGAGAUUUAUGUACACAAACAGAUCCAAAAAACAGUACCAAAGACUUAAAUGAUCCAGGUGGAGAAACUAAAAUCCAUGAAAUGGUUUCUGGUUUAUCCAGUCAAGAAGUAAGAGAUAUAGUGGGUGUAGAAAAAAAUUCAAAGCUUAAAAGAUUUCCCAGUGACAGUUCAGAUUGUGAAGCUACACCCUCUAAACCAUUUAAAUUUUUAUCUACUGAUUUACCAAAUAGUCAAGAAAUAAAAAGUAGUAUUACUGCCCAAAGCAGGACCAUCACAGAUGUAUUAAGUGAUUCUGAAUCCGAAAAAGAGUCUGAAGAAGGCACGCCAAUAUUAUUUAAAAAGAAGAAGAAAAUCAGUGAAGUUAAGCUAGACCUAUUGCGGAAGUUCAGUGCCGACGAAUUGCCUUCUAGAAUUUCUAUGAGAGUAAAGAAACCAACUGAUAGAAUCUUGAAUAGUUCUAAAAGUGUUAAUGAAAAUAUACUGAAGUCGCAUUAUAUUCGAGAUCAAGAGGAAAACAUUGAUGCGGACAUAGUUACUGAAAAUAUCUUGCGCCUAAAAAGUGAAAAGACAAAAAAAUCAGCAGAUGCUUCCAAACUUAAUGUUACCACGGAACCAGAGGAAAUUCCCAAACGAGAAAAAAGGAUAACAAGAAUCAAAACCGAAGAACCAACUACCUCAAAGGAAACUAAAAUAAAGAGAGCUUCAAAAUCUAAAGAUGACAAAGUUAGUGAUAAAAUUAAAGUCAAAAUAGUUAAACCUACCAAGCGCGGACGACCAAAAAAAGAUAAGGCAGAAGAAAAACCAGAGACAAUAGACGAUGGCGGCUCUAUUACACGACAAACGAGAAGUUGUGAUUCCAAAGUAAAUCCUAGAGGGAUACUAAAGAGACGUAGUUCAUACAAUGAUAUAUCCAAUGAAGUAAAAACUGAACCGAUCAGAAGAAGUCAAAGGCGAAAAUGUACGAAGGAUGGUGACGAGAGCGAAGUUUAUAGUUCGUCUAAUAAUUCACCUGGACUUAAAAGAAAUGCGUUUACUAAUGUUGAAAUACCCGCAAAAAAAUAUAGGCCGGCAACCUCACUGGGGCUGGUCACAAAAUUGAGAUCAACCUCAGCGAGAAAACAGAAAACCCACUAUGUACUGUUCACUGCAUUUCCCGCUAAUGAAGUGAAAAGCCAAUUAGAGAGUUUAGGCGCAGUUCUUGUUAAUGACGUAAAAGCCUGUACAGUAGUAUUGACGCUGCAGAUAAAGCGGACAUUUAAAUUAUUAUGUGCCGUGGGGCUUGGGAAGCCUGUAGUUGGGCGACAGUGGGUUCAAGCCUGCAUCGAUAACAAUGUUAUUGUCGAGCCAUGGUACUACUUGAUCCAGGAUGAAGUGUCCGAACAGAGAUUCAAUUUCAAACUGGAGCAAACAUUGCAUAGCAAAAGAAACUUUCUGAAGGGCCUAUACAUCUCUUCCACACCUAGCGUCAUGCCUAACGCUCAGGAGAUGAAAUUGAUCGUAGAAUGUUCGGGAGGCAAAUGGAAAGAAGUUUCAGAUCCUCCCAAAUCAAAAUGGCUGGUUGUAUCGACACCCGUUGAUAAGGCCUUGUGGCCCGCUAUCAAGGACAAAGGUGGUAUUAUCGUCUCCAACGAACUCGUUCUCGAUGGAGUUUUAAAACAGAAAUUAGAAAUUGAACAGAAUAGAUUGGGUUGACUGCGCGGGCGCAGCGAAUGGGCUUUUUUACAAUAUUUUAAUAUUCCAUAGACGAUAGGACCUAUACGAAUUGUUAUAUGUUUAAAAAAAAAUUUUUUAUUCAUGGCCCGCACGGUUUGUGAAUUGUGACCCAGGGUCACAACAGGGAAAAAAAUAAUAAUUAACCAUUGAUAAUUCCAAAUGACGUGCGAUGUAAGCACGUGAACAAACUUCAAGGUGUUAAUUAACAAAAAAAAAUCAUAUAUCCUAUGUUUCAAGUAAAAUCUACGACGAAAUUAAAAAAAACGGAUUAUACAAGCGAUAUUGAUAAUAUGUCACCCCGUUGUCAUGUGGUAGACGGGUAUAAAUAUUUUUACUAAGGGAUUUUAUGAUAAUUGUACUUUAUUAGAACGUCUAGAGCGCUUAUUAGUGAAAUGUCACUUAAAAAGGCGAUGUUCAAUAGAAGUGUUUGAAUAUGUGAAAUGUCAGAAUAACAUGAUUAAAGAAUAUUCUUACUAAAGUCUGGCUAAUGAAAGUUGAUACUGAAAAAGCGCGGCAAAUUUAAAAAAUAUCAGUAUGGCAGCCCUAAAGUAAAAAGGAAAGUUGGAACAACUCACUUUGAUACUUUGACAUUUAUUUUUAUUUUACUAGUGGACAAAAUUGCAAAAUUUUGUCCGCGUUAUGACGAGAUUAAAAGUAGCUUAUAUCACUUGUUAACUCUUUAUUAUCACACGGAUACGUCACUCCAUUGUGGCGUAUAUAGAGGGACAAACAGGCUAUCAAACACUAUCAUGAGUUUUAAAUAUUUGCAAAUCUAUGUGAGUAUGUAUCAAAGAAAACAACACCAUAUAUUUUUAUACUGUUUUUUAAUCACUAUAAUCAAAAUCUGAAUCUAAAAAUUCAACAUGGAGUGAAUCGUCACAAUCACUGGAGUCGCUGCUGUCUCUUAAAUUGAUGAUGAAGCUUUCUAGAUUAUUUUCAGUUAUAUGGUCUCUUCUUUUGUACUUGUCUUCCACAUGAAUGACAUGGUCUGUCAUUUUUUUCCAAUCAUCUGCUGUAAUACACUCAAAAGAUUGUUUUAUAAGAUCCUCGAACUCUUUUGGAGUUUGGCUUACAUUUUUGCUUCCCACAUUUCUUUUUGCUAGACUCCAUAUGAGUUCUAUAGCAUUAAGGUCACAAUGAUAUGGAGGAAGUCUUAGCACUUCAUGUCCGUUUUGGCUUAAAAGUUCAUCAGCUUCAUAAAUAGGUUCUGGUGUGUUCGGUUUUACUAAGCAGAGCAACUCUGCUUUUGAAUUGUAUGUUUACAAUUACACUUGGUUCAUUCAAAUUGGGCAUAAACUUUUCUUGAAGCCAUUUGUUGAAGUUUGUGGAAUUCAUUUCAUGGUGGUAGUCGGCCAUUUUCGAUUUGGUGCUAAAUACCAACAAUGAGUUUGGAACAGGGCCUAUCUCUGAUCCUGCAUGCACAAUAAUAUAUCGUUUUCCUGACGAUAUAUUUUCAAUUAUUCCACUUGUUGAUGGACCUUGCCAACAUUUUUUAGGCUUAUAGGUUUUGUGAACGUAAGUUUCAUCUAAGUAGAUUAUUGGCUUGCCUUCUGCACGUUUCGAUGCAAUGGUACGCAAAAAGCGAUUUCUCCAUGCAGCUAUAUCAUACAGUUCAAUUAAUAAUGAACGUUCAUUUUUAUUUUUCUUAAAUUCAUAACCGUUGCCUAAUAAUAUGCGACGGAGAGUUUCACGACAUCCACCAAAUUCUAUACUUUUUUUUAACUCUACCAACAAAGGUCCUCCAGACCCCUUCGUUCACCGCACCUUCUUUUUUAAUUAUCUCCAAUGUAAUAACACUUACAUCUGUAAAAACAAUAAAAUAAAAUGUCAAUUAUCGUGAGUCUCAUAACUAAGAAAUAAUAGAAUAUACACAAGUAUUACAAAACUAGUCUAAGAUUAACGUUGAGUGAAAACUUACCGGUGAGUGAAGAUAGUUCUUCUAAGUACUGGUUCUGAGAUUUCAUCAUAUCUUUUUGAUCUAAAUCUGUGAUUUUUUCAAUUGCUUGUUUUACUUCAGCAGUUCGUGCAUUAUCCUCAAGACUAUC